GUUAGAGUCAACAUUGCAACUUUUUCUCGUUACAUUUCAACUGUUGGCUCUUUUUUAUUUUUCACUUUGUUUUGUUUUUUUUAAUAUCAUUUUUGACACUCCUGGUCUAAUGUGUCUUUUUGCAACUGGGAGCAUCAGUGCAGCACUUUUCAAGGUGAAGUGUUUUUAAUUCCUAUUAUAUUUGGUGCAACACAAGCUUUAGUGCCGUGCCAUAUGACAAUCUAUUCAUUAAACCAGCAUGUGACUCAGUGACACGCAACUUGUAAAAAUGACGGUUAAAAAGUUAGGAUUUUUUUUUUUUUUUUCACUGUCUCAUCUCGGAUCAGCAAGAGCUUGACUGCCACAACUCAGGAUGCGUUCACUUGCCCUCUUCUUUGUCGCCGUGUCCGUCACCUGGGCUGACCUUUCACCUCUCUCCCAGGAGAUGAUAAACACUAUCAACAAGGCCAACUCCACCUGGAAGGCAGGGCAGAACUUUCACAAGGUUGAUAUCAACUACGUGAAGGGGCUGUGUGGCACCAUCCUGAAUGCAGCCAAAGCCCCACAAAUAGUUCACGAUACUGAAGGCAUAAAACUUCCAGACAGCUUUGAUGCACGCCAGCAGUGGCCUAAGUGUGCUACUGUCAAGCAGAUCCGGGACCAGGGCUCUUGCGGGUCCUGCUGGGCCUUUGGGGCAGCUGAGGCCAUAUCUGACAGAUUAUGCAUCCAUAGCAGUGGGGAAAUCUCCGUGGAGAUCUCAGCGGAAGACCUUCUGUCCUGUUGUGAUGAAUGCGGGAUGGGGUGUUUUGGUGGCUUUCCCUCUGCUGCUUGGGACUUCUGGGUCCAGAAGGGCCUCGUGACCGGGGGCCUAUACGAUUCCAAAGCGGGCUGCCGUCCGUAUUCCCUGGCCCCGUGUGAGCAUCACGUCAACGGAACGCGUCCUCCAUGUCAGGGCGAACAGGAGACUCCCAAAUGUGUGGAGCAGUGCAUUGACGGCUACUCGCUUUCUUACCCAAAGGACAAGCACUUUGGAAGACGAGCGUAUAGCAUCUCUUCCGACCAGAAGCAGAUAAUGACGGAGAUUUACAAGAAUGGACCUGUGGAGGCUGCUUUCAGUGUUUAUGCAGAUUUUCUUCAGUACAAGACUGGUGUGUACCAGCAUGUGACAGGGGAGAUGCUGGGGGGUCAUGCCAUCAAGCUCCUCGGCUGGGGGCAGGAGAACGGGGCACCUUACUGGUUGGCAGCCAACUCCUGGAACGGUGACUGGGGAGACAAAGGUUUUUUCAAGAUCAAGCGUGGAAGUGAUGAAUGCGGUAUUGAGUCGGAGGUGGUGGCAGGAAUCCCACUCAAUUAGAUUUUUACAUCUUGGAAAUGACUAUUAAAAGACAAGCAUCACAAGUUUAAAGUUCAUUAAUUUAAGAAUAAAGUGUUGGACAUACAGUA